CCCCCAUGGUUACGGGCCUGAAGUGUUACAAGUGAUUGAGUGUGCGUAACACUCUGCUACAAUCCCCUAAAUUCUACAGGGAUGCCCAGAUUCUUAGGGGUUACUGAAAACUCGGCCCCCUUAACAGUAUGGCUGAAUUAAGUGACGGACUGUGACCUCAAAGAGACCAAUUUUAUCAAAACAAGCAUAAUCGAUAAAUUCAGUCAAUUUCAGCAAUCUUCUGAAUCUUUCUUGCCAACUUACAACAUAUUUUUUUCUCUCUUUGGAAUAGAUGUAUUUUCUUGUUGUCUAUAACUUUUUCAACUUUUUUCUAGUUUUCGUUUGUGCCUACGGUUUAGGAUGUUUUGGAAUAUAAGCUGACAAAUAUAUGGGUAUUUGAAUACAUCGAUAUACAUAUAUUCAAGUUUUGGAGAAGGAUGUGUCAGAGGUGUCAGUUUUAAUUUUAAAAUGAAUCAAAGUGUGCUCAUUGGACAAAUUUGGUAUAACUUCUCAUCAGCUGAACUUAAGUUAUCACUGUAUUUCUUCGCUGCUUUGAAGAAAGAUACCGCUUUUAACGAGGUCCAAACACAGUGGGUUUGUUUAACCUAGAAAAUCUUCAAGUCUAAAUUAAAGCUGAAGAAAAUGUUGAAAGCACUGUUCCUGUGCAGCCUGAUGGUCUUAGGUUUCUUCCCAAAAAAUGCCCAGACCACGUGCACGGUACCCAAUAACGACCCUAAUGCAUCAUGCCGAUUGGUAUACAGAUGCAGAUACUAUUACGGCUACUACUAUUACUACUACACCUGUUCAUGUACCUGCAAUCCUGGGUUUACUGGAACUGCUGGGUACUGCACAGCUAUAAAUCCAUGCGCCUCUGGCCCAUGUCAAAAUGGAGGCAACUGCACGGUACUAACCACUGGCUACAGUUGUCAAUGCCCUCCAGCCUACGCCGGGACUAACUGCCAACUGACUCAAUGUGAUAUCCAACCUGAUGCGACUUGCUUGCGGCAAUAUAAAUCUUGCUACUAUUGGGGCAGAAUUUAUUAUUACACAGUCUGUGAGUGUACUUGUAAUGACGGUUUCAUCCAAAUUGGUGACACUUGUGUUUAGGCACAGAAAGAAAGCAAGAUCCUGUCAAAAGAGGAAUCCCACAUUAAAAACCUGCUGAUAUGAGGGUCAGAGAAGAUAAACUGUUUUAACUACCUACAGAAAAGAAACUUGAAAUACAGCUAUUUCAAAGCAAAUUCAAAAAUUCCUGAAACCUGAAAUCAUUAAUGAUUCUGUUAUAUGCACUGCUAAAAUACAAACUUUGUAAAAUGAUUACAUAAUUUUUCUAGAAUGUUGAUUGCUGGAUUACAUCUUGAUCAGGUGUUGUAUUUAGAUAUUGGAGCAAAUAGAGGCCUUACAGCUGAUUAUGAAGCUGUUCAUGUAAUCAUUUACAUAUUACUGAUAAAUUAAACAUUUU